AUGUUUCUAUAUUCCUUUAAAAAGAAUGGUAUCAUUCAUGUAGCAGGUGUUGACAAUUCUGGAAAGAAGGUGAUUACCUUCAGUUGCUGCCACAUGCCCCCCUCCCACCAGUUCAAUCACACAAGGUUGCUUGAGUAUUUAAAGUAUACUCUGGGCCAGUAUGUAGAGAAUUAUUAUACAGUUGUCUACUUUCACUAUGGCCUGAAGAGCCUGAAUAAACCAUCUCUGAAAUGGCUACAAACAGCCUGCAAGAAAUUUGACAGGUAGUAAGUCUCUAAAAGAUCUGGUAAGGCAUUGUAUGUUGUUCAUCCAACCAACUUUAUAAAAAUUCUGUGGAAUAUCUUUAAACCUCUUAUAAGCCACAAGUUUGGGAAAAAGAUCACAUACUUGAACUAUUUAGAUGAUCUGGGAGAACAUCUCAAAUAUGACCAGUUAAAUAUCCCUCAAGAAGUUAUCUGAUAUGAAGAAAAUCUUUGGAGGAAACAGAAGGGAAAACUUCCACCUAUGGUUAAGAUUCCUCCACCAUGGCCACCUCUGCCUACCCAGCUAUUUGGAGUCAGCCUGCAAUAUUUGAAGGACAAAAAUAAAGGUGAACUAAUCCCUCCAGUAAUGAAGGAAACUAUCCUUUUGCUUAGGGAGAGAAGACUACAAGUAGAGGGCCUCUUCAGGAGGUCAGCCAGCAUCCAAACUAUCAAAGAUGUGCAGAAACUACAAUCAGGGUAAAUUUCUGUGAAUUUUGAUGAUUAUCAUAAUAUCCAUAUUCCUGCUGUUAUACUGAAGACUUUCCUUUGGAAACUCCCUCAGCCAUUUGACUGUUAUGAACAUAUCCUUGAAAUCAUCAGUGAGUGGUGA